CGUGUACUCCUCUGUCCCCUUUUUCUCCCGAAUGCUGAUGUGUUACUAACUUACUACAACCGAGUCUGAAAAAUGUUCAACUUUGGGUCAAAAUUGUUGCUCCUUUUCCUCCUCGCCUUUCCCUGCGGAUUGGUAUCUAUCGCCCAUGUAGGCGCCAACCCCGACUCCAGUGAGGACUCAGAUCCAGAUGUGGCAGUCGAUGAGGAAGAGGAGGAGGAGGAUGUGGUAGAGGAAGACCAGCUUCAACAAACUGAUGAUGAAGAAGAGGAAGAAGCCACUGAUCCAGGAGCCCUGACCUCUCACCCUGACGCAGACACCACCAUUAUCUUCACCACCGGAGAAGAGUUCCCAGCCAAUGAGAUUGUUCGAUUCCUGGUCGGUUUCACAAACAAAGGAAGUCAAGAUUUCAACGUUCAGAGUCUGGAGGCCUCCUUCCGCUACCCUCAGGACUUUCAGUUUUACAUCCAGAACUUCACAGCGCUCACUCUGCAGACUCUGGUGAAGCCUCAGGUCCAGGCCACAUUUGAAUACUCGUUCAUCCCGGCUCAGCCCAUGGCCGGACGCCCCUUCGGCCUCGUCAUCCUCCUCAACUACCUCGACUCAGAGGGUAAUUCUUUCCAAACAGCCAUCUACAACCAGACAGUGACCAUCACAGAGAAAGAAGAGGGACUGGAUGGAGAAACAAUCUUCAUGUACGUCUUCCUCAUUGGACUGGUGUCUCUGAUGGUCUUUGCCAUGUACCAGGUCCUGGAGUCUAGAACGAGAAAGCGUCUGUCUGUGAAGGUGGAGAAAGGCACAGGAAACAUGAGCGAUGUGGACAUCAGCUGGAUCCCUCAGGAGACGCUCAACGCCAUGAAUAAGGCGUCUCCUAAAACAUCUCCGCGGAAGAGAGCCAAGAGGGCAGCGGGCACGGAUCAAUAAACGCCUCUCCUCCGAUCCAUCAUGACCACAGCUCUCAGCGCACAGGCCUCAGUCUGUGUAAUGUAAUAUCCACUCAAAUAAACCAGAGCCAGCAUUUGUUAUUGUUGUUUUUGAGGGCAAUUUGAGAGCCUGAUACUUCAUGGUAAAAGGAAAAAGAUCUCCGUUCUUGAGUUUUGGACUUGCGGUUUAGAUGUAUUAAAGGUGCAUUAUGUAAUUUUUCUGGUGUAGGAGAGGGCAAGCUUGUCUCCAUGGAGAUGUUAUUACUUUGCUUAGAAUGUUCCACUGUAUGACAUUUGACUGUUGCCAGGCCAAGUGAGAUCUGUGGAGAGGUUUGACUAAUACAGACAUGUUUUUCAGGUUUCAGGUUCAUGUUUUUUUGUGUAAUUAACUAUAUUCUGGACAGAAAUGUUUAAUGCCAUAGUGUGUAACAUUAACUUAAAGCAAAAACACAGGGUCUUUUAAUAAUGCCACCUGCUUGUCUCAAAUGCUCAAUCAGAAAAGUUACACAGUGCACAUUUAAAGUAGAAAUUAAAAUAAUGAUUCUGAAUUCAGUCCAGAGGCUCUGCUCAGUAUUGUGAAGAAUGUGACACUAAAAGCAGAAUUUUAAAGGGAGUUUUUGAAAUCAAUGUUUUUCUUUGAGGAAGUUGUAAAAAUGAUCUGGUUUGUUCAUAUCAGUGUUGACAUAAAAGAACAAAUGGUUUCUUGCUCUAAAGGGAAUUGUGAAUUUAAGAACAUUCUAGUUUAUCUCAAUUUUGUUUUCAAUUUUGUCCUUUAAGUUGGAAUGAAAUAUUGUUAAUUAACUUAUAAAACACCUCCAAACUGUGCCUAAAAGCCUAUAGACCUCACCCGGGCACACUGCAUCUGGUUAAGUGGUUAAAGACUUUAAAUAGGAAGAAGAAUAUAGGAAAGUCAUACAAAAUCAAACUUUAUUGACAUUUUAGAACACUAUUGCGAUGUGCCCAUACGGUUGCAGUCUUUGUCUAAACUAUGCAUUUAAUGAGAAAUAUUUACAUUUCUUAAAGCUGCAGCUAAACCAAACAGUGUUUUACAACUUUUUGUUUAAAUAAAACACAAAAACAUGAAUAAAA